AUGUCCGGGGAUUUGGAUGAUUGCCUUGAUUUGAUAGCUCAAUCGUCAGAGUCUAUUUCAACUUUAUACUUUAAGCCGCCAGGCAUUUUCCACAAUGCCAUAGUUCCGGACCCGAACGCUUCUUACGCCGACAUCAUAACCAAAAUCAUAAGAGAUGGCGACCCUCGAGAGGAGAUAUCGUUAUAUAAGUUGGACAAAGAGGGGCUGCCGAAGCGUAAAGAUGACAAAAUGGGGGUAUUUGACUUUUUAACCGAAUAUGAAGCCAAUCUAAAGCGCAAUCGGCGCAUCGGGAGCGUGGAGGAGACACCUAUAAUACACGUACCCAAGGAGUUCUAUCUCAAACAGCAUGAACAAGAGGCUAAACGAAUCCGUAAGCAGGAAGCUUUUAUCUUGGACAGCGUCAAGACAGACGGGGUUCUAGAGGUACUGCUCAAAAGGUUUGAAUCUGACCAACAAGUGCGUGACUUGAUCUACGCGCUACAAAACGGAACCGUAAUUACGGGAGAGGAUGAAGGAGGUGCCAGUAACCGCAGGCAAACCUUAUUUGUCGAAGACUUCCCUGUUGAGCUAAUUUUUAAGGUUCUCAACGAGAUCGUCACUAACUGGCCGGUCUCCGAGUACCAAAAGAACUAUUCAGAGCUAUUACAACGAUUUAACGGAAUUGACAACGAGAUAAGACAGCUGAGGUCCCAAAUUAAGGACCAAGAGGCAAGGCUUAGCGGUAGGCAAAAAAACUCGGGCGUUGCUAGGUUAAUUGAAAAGGAGACUCAAGAAGUUCAAGAGCUUCAACGAAAACUCGGAGCACUUAGAGAACAGCAGUCGUAG